GGAUUUGCCUGGUGCUUCUCCCUUCAUUACGCUGGCUUUGGUAGAAUCAGGGAAAGAACACCGGAGAAGUAAAGAGCCAUUUUCCUUAUGUCGUCAUAUUGGGAAGCAAAAAGCUGUGACUUAAUCCUCUGGUGCUUGUGAGAGGUACCAGGAGCAGCAGCUGGAGACACGGCCCAACAUAGGAGGUCUCUUCAGAGACCUUGACUCAGUGACUACAGUGUUCUUGACUGCACUGCAGAAAAGCACUCCAGGGCGAGUCAGUAUACGCCAGAGUUGGACUUUCAGGGGCUGGAGAAAUGGCUCUGAAGUGGAGACCGUGGCUCUUACAGAGGAACCUUGGUUCGCUUACUGGCACCCCGGACAGGUGGCCCACAACCACCCGGAACUCCAGCUCCAUGGGGAUCCAAAGCCCUGUCCUCUGAGGGCUCCAGCACAUUGUGCACAUAACUAAAAAUAAAAUUAACUCUUUCAGAAGAGUUUGACACUAGACGUCAGCACAAUUAUUAAGCACAUGCACAUCGUCACAUUCUCCAAUCAAUCUUGUCAAAAACUAGAGCCACCACGUCAAACUAUGCUAGUUGCUAGCAUGAUUUAUUCCAAUUUUCUCUCAUGAUUAAAAACUUUCCUGUGUAAUGUGCGACAGGCACUUUUCUACACCCCUAAUCAUUAAUUUUCAGUUUUAUUUGAAAGUUGCUCACUUUUUCCCCCACUCUUCCUCUGAGAAUCGGCUUGUAUUGUGUUGGCCUGUAUUUUUGUUUCUUGCUAUUGUAACUGGCAUUGAAAUCUUGACAUUCACCACCUCCUCCUUUCCACUUUUCUCAGCUCACUGUGUCCCUUUCUGCCCUUGACUUGUGUAAUUAGUUUAUUUGAUCUUUUUCCUGGCACUGAGGCCAUGCAAACCUUCCGUCGCCUGCCCAUUCUAGCGUGUGUGCUGCCAAAGUCAGAACCGUUUAGUCACACUGCUGCUUCACAACUGCAUUUACAUGUAUGGAUUUCCUUCUUGACAUGAUCUGGCCGCGUGUUCAAGACUCUGUAUGAAGGGCUUUCGUCUUUGUUCACUGCCAAAUGCUUUACCUUUUCAUUCCUAUUUAUAUUUAAAUGAGAGAUCUGCAAGUUGUCUAGAUUUCCUUUGCGACUCCAUAUGGUAUCUGAGUGACUUUUCCGCCUUCGUGUAUACUUGAAGAUAAUGAACUGCCCUUCGUUUCUCCGAGGUGUUUUUCCCCCUCUUCCAUCGCUGGGAUUUCCAUUUGAUAUAGAUAUUGAGGGCUGGAGAGAUGGUUCAACUAUUAAAAGCUCUUGUAGAGGACCUGGGUUCAAUUCCCAGCAGUUAGCCAAAAAGUCAGUAACCCCAACUUCAGUUUCAGGAGGUCCGAUGCCCUCUUCUGUCCUCUGAGGGAACUACACUCACAUACACAUACACGCAGGCAAGCAGCGUUUAUUUUUCCAAAUCAUUCGAGUUUCUUCCACCCUUCCUCUCUUCUUCCCUUCCUCCCUCCUUUCUCUCUUUCUUUUGUAACCUUUUAAUUGUAUGAGUGCAAUGCCCAUGAAGGCCAAUAGAGGGCAUUAGAUCCCCAGGGCAGGAGUUAUAGAUGUCUGUGAGCUAUCAUGUGAAGCUGGGAAUUGAACCUGGAUCCUCCGGAAAUAUAGGCAGUGCUCUUAACCACUGGACUAUCCAGGCCCUGAAUUUGUUUUCUUAUCCUAAUGUCUGUAGUAUUCUUGGAGUGUAAUAUUUUAGAACUAUUUCUCGCCAAGCAAAACUUCCUCUUUAGGACCCACAAUUGUAUGUAACAUCUUGAUAUAAGUUUAUAAGCUGGAUGACCCUCUUGAAUUUGAUGUGUAGAAAACACACUACAUAAUCUCUCUGUGGACAUGACCCUAAUCUUGCAAGUUAGAACUCAUGAAUAUACCCAAGAACAAGCUUCUGAUUUCCUUGGUUGGAGAUACUGCAAAAACCAAGUACUUUGCUUGCUCACGGUGGCUGAUUGCAGAUAAGAAUUACAUUCCUGAAUACAUAAACAACUCACACCACUUUUUUAAAGACAUGAGUCUCUACUCAGCUACCAUUUUAAACAAAGACUGAAGGUUCUGAAUUCUAUCAAAUUUCAACAUUUCAAGAAUGUCAGGCUUCAUGGUAUAGGUCUAUAAUCCCAACUACAUGGGAGACUGAGGUAGACAGAUAAGGAAAGCAGGGAGGGUAGACAGGGGAGAGGAGGAGACAGGAAGAGAAAGCUGGGGAGAAGCGGCAAGCAGGAAGAGAGGCACUGAGGAGGAGGCAGACCAGGAGAGGGCAGGAAGGAAGGGAGUGGGGAGAGGGCAGUCAGGAAGGGAAGAAAUCUGUCUCUGGAACAAUCCCAAUCUGUCUGAGUCAGCAGCAAAUCAGAUCAUUGCACAGGCUUCCACUGAUUAGAAAGAGUUCAUUCUUGUACAUCCAUGCCCAGGAGUAUUGCUGACGUCACUGGUUCCAAACUCAAGGGUUCAGCUAGACACCAGCUGCCUUUGAGCUUCGAAAGGCGUCCUGAAGUCUAUCAAAAGAGAGUAGAGAACUGCUAAGGUCAACCGUCUCUCCAUCCUCAGCCUCCUUUGAUAAAAAGGGCAUAAAAAACAGAGCAGGUGAAUACAGGCGUGGUGAACAACGUAUACACCUCAACCUUGACUGCUAACCAAGGGAGAAAGUCCUGGGGAGUCAGCAUUAUGCAUAUCAACAGUCAUGCAUCGAGAACACAGUAUGAUUUAUACAUCGCAGCUGCAGCAGCUGGUAGACAUCGGUGGGAGCUUCUGUUCAGUUCAGUUCUAUUCUGGUUCAUACGUGUUCAUACUAUCACCUGCCACCUCCAGACUGUGACCUGGGGAAUGUUCGGGAGCUCUUCCAGGGUGACUGGUCAAAAUCUGCAUGCUUUGUCUUUGUUUCUUUGAGUGAACAUGGGACUCACAGCUGAUCCUUUAAUACUUUUGACAGAUGAGAAAUCCUGACACUUGACAAUCGAUCAGGUGAGGAGCCAACACAAAUCCACAGCACCAUGACCUUCUAUGAUACUGUCCUGAAAUGGGUGUUCUAACAAAGUGUCCUUGGUCUGAACGUCAUCUGACUCACUGACCUUAUUGAGGAAUCCUGCCAUUGUAUGACUUUGUUGAAUGACUCACAGAACUAUCAUGGGUAACUCCAGGGAGGAUCUUGACUCCAGAGGAUGCAUCUGGUGAGGACUUUCUUAUUUUCAGGGUCCCAGUGUAGCACUGACCAUGAGAGGACGAAAGCCAGGAAGGCUGUAUGCUGGUAGGCACUCUACUGGCCACAGAAGCAGACUCUCUACCAAGCUCACCCAGUUUCUUGAAAUGAGACCAAAACGAGCCUUUAUAUUAAAGGAGUUGAACCAUGAAAAUGAUGGCCAGUCGUAAGUCACUGUGGGUGCUGCUGUUUAUAGUGAUCUUCUGGAUCUCUUUUACCGUUUUCAGAAACCCCGUGAAGCUAUGGGCUGUGUUUAAGCUGCCUGCAUCCUUCAAUCAAUGGGACUUGAUCAUGAAAUCCUCAUGCCCUAAAGUGCCUCUCAAUCCAUCAGUUUCACCAACAGAGACAGAGCUGAGAAUCAGGGAGAUCCUAGAGAAACUAAACAAACAGAUCCCUCCCAGACCCUUCGCCCACCUCAACAACACCACAAGUGCUACACACAGCAUAGCCACCAUCCUCAACCCUCAAGAUACAUACUGUGUAGGGGACCAGCUGGACAUCCUGGUAGAGGCUAGAGACCACCUAAGAAACAGGAAAGGGUAUGGUGGGGACUUCCUGAGGGCCAGGAUGUCUUCUCCAGCCCUGAAGGCAGGCGCUUCUGGAAAAGUGACAGACUUCAACAAUGGCACCUACCUUGUCAGCUUCACUCUGUUCUGGGAGGGCCAGGUCUCCCUGUCUAUCCUGCUCAUGCACCCCAGUGAAGGGGUGUCAGCUCUCUGGAGAGCAAGGAACCAGGGUUACGACAGAAUCAUCUUCUCAGGCCAUUUUGUCAGUGGCGCUUCUCAGGUCCACACCGAUUGUGCCCUGGUUCUAAAUUCAAGUGUCGAGCUAUGUCAGUAUCUGGAUGCCCAGGACCAAGAAGCUUUCUACUGUGUGAAGCCUCCAAAUGUGCCCUGUGCGGCCAUCACCCACAUGCAUUCCAAGAACAAGGACAUUUCUUAUCUUAGCCAGCAGGAAAGGAGCCUCUUUGAAAGGUCAAAUAUAGCUGUGGAGAUUAUGGGAAAAUCCAACGUGAUUAGUGUCUCCAAAUGCAACAAAGCCGUCCCGGUGAAGAAGAAAUGCAAGUUUGGGAUGGCAUCUGCAAUCCCUACUGGGCAUGUCUGGAAAAACACGUGGAAUCCGGCCUCCUGCAGUCUGGCUCCAAUCAAAAUGAAAGACUGCCUGAGAGGAAAACUCGUCCAUCUAAUGGGUGAUUCCACAAUGCGCCAGUGGAUGGAGUACUUCAAAAGCAAAAUCAACACGCUGAGGCCGGUGGACCUCCACGAGACUGGAAGGCUGCAGCACCAACUUGCCGUGGACUUGGAUGAGAAAAUCAACAUCCAGUGGCAGAAACAUGGCUUCCCUCUAAUCGGGUCAUUGGUGUACUCUGUCAAAGAGAUAGAGAACACUGCACGGAUAAUUGACAGAAUCGGAGGAGAGAAAAACACAGUCAUUGUCUUUUCUCUGGGCCAGCAUUUCAGACCUUUUCCCAUUGAUGUUUUUAUCCGAAGGGCCCUCAGUGUUCACAGAGCUCUUCAGCGUCUUCUCCUGAGAAGCCCGGACACCCUGGUGGUCCUCAAAACAGAAAACACCAGGGAGUUGAAUAACGACAUGGAGAGGUUUAGUGACUUCCACGGUUACACCCAGUAUCUUGCCUUAAAGAAUAUCUUCCAGGAUCUCCGUGUGGGUGUCAUUGAUGCCUGGGAUAUGACAGUUGCAUAUGGCACAAACGAUGUCCAUCCACCAGAGGAGGUAGUUAGAAGUGAAAUUAAUAUAUUCUUAAACUAUAUUUGCUAGCAAACACAUAACUUUGAAAGUCGCUCGUUGAACUUAAAAGAGACAGUGAGUCCUACAGCCGUGCCAAGUGCCGAGAUAUCCCAGUUAAUCCAAGGACAUAAUCUGUAUUAUGGUCCAUGUGGUCCAUCCAGUUCAGCCUAAUAAGGCAUUCCUACGCCAGCCUGCUGCUCAAAAUUGAAUAUGAAAAGAAUCGAUGAAAGGUCCAAUUUUUUUAUUAGAGCCGCAUUGCUCUGUGUCCGUUGGAAGUUAGGAUUCCUUGGGGGGAAAACUUCUCCUUGCUGCUGUGGGUUCAGAACAAUGAAGUAAUUUUGAUAAAAUUCUUAAAGGGCCUUUGACUCAAUUUGUAAACAUCUUGUUGAUAAUUUUUAUAUCCAUGUUUAUGGGGAAAAUUGAUCUGUACCUUUUCUUUCUUGGUCAUGUCUCAGAGUUUGGCAUCAGGCCAAUGCAGACUUCAAAAAAACUGUGUUCCUCCUGGUUGUAAUUUGUGGAAGGUUGUGAGAAGUUGUUUUGAUUAGAUUUUCUUUAAAAGUUCCAUGGUACUCAACACUUAAUCUGUCCAGGUCUGGGCUUCCUUUUGGAGAGAGACUUUUAAUAACUUGCUUCGAUCUCGUUGCUUGUUACAGAUCUGUUUAAAUUGUUUCUAUUUUCUAGAUUUAACUUUGAUAGGCCAAAUACAUUUAGAAAUUUAUCUUUCUUCUAGGUUUUCCAGCUUUUUUGGAUAAAAGAUUUUGAAUAAAUGAAAACAAAAACGCACAGAAACACCACCAUGAAACCUGAUAUUUUGUACACUAAUUUUAGAACAAAUAAAAAUAAAAUUUCAAAAUGAAAAACAUAUUAAAAAUAAGAAUGAAUAAUGCAAAAUAUUUUAGUGAUCUUACUUUUAUAUGGUAAAUACAAAACUAUAGUUUGUCUUUCAUAAAUAUAUUAUAAAUUAUAUUUUUCUAUUUC